UCUUCAGAGAGUAGAGCUCCAGUCAUGGCCACUACCGCUACUCGUCAUCAAGAUUCUAAAUUGAGCGAAAAGGCAGAGAGCAUUCUGGCUGGCUUCAAGCUCAACUGGAUGAACUUGCGUGAUGCAGAAACUGGAAAAGUUCUCUGGCAGAGCACAGAAGACAUGGCUGACCCAAAAAGGGAACACAAAGCACACGUGCCAAAGAAUCUUCUAAAAUGUCGUACGGUGUCUCGUGAGAUCAACUUCACUUCAUCAGUCAAAAUCGAAAAAUUUCGACUCGAGCAACGCGUUUAUUUGAAGGGAACCAUCAUUGAAGAGUGGUAUUUCGAUUUUGGAUUUGUCAUUCCUGAUUCAACAAACACGUGGCAAAAUAUGAUUGAGGCAGCUCCAGAAUCACAAAUGUUCCCACCAUCUGUACUCAGCGGAAACGUCGUCGUCGAGACUUUAUUCUAUGAUGGAGAUCUUCUUGUAAGCACGUCUCGAGUCCGUCUUUAUUACGACUAAUACAUAUACAUUCAUAUCCAUUUUUCCCUUCUAAUCCUUCCCUGUUUCUCCAUGGAUCUCUCUUUUUUAAUUCCUAAAACAAUACAUACCUAAUUUUAAUAUUCAAUUUCAGAAUGAAAAUCUUCAACGGAUUUA